CCCUACAAAGCCGUGGAGAUGGUCUUCAUCGCCCUGGUUACAGUCCUUAGUUUUGUCACUGUCACAGGCAACAUCCUGGUGAUGCUCUCCAUUAAAGUCAAUCGGCACCUCCAGACUGUCAACAACUAUUUCCUGUUUAGCCUGGCGUGUGCUGACCUUAUCAUUGGUGCGUUCUCCAUGAACCUCUACACUGUCUACAUCAUCGUGGGCUAUUGGCCCCUGGGACCUGUAGCGUGUGACUUGUGGCUGGCCCUGGAUUACGUGGUGAGCAAUGCUUCUGUCAUGAACCUUCUUAUUAUUAGCUUUGACCGCUACUUCUGUGUCACCAAGCUGAGCUAUCCAGCCAGAAGGACCACCAAAAUGGCUGGGCUGAUGAUUGCAGGUGCCUGGAUUCUCUCCUUCAUUCUUUGGGCCCCUGCUAUCCUGUUUUGGCAGUUUAUUGUUGGAGAGCGCACGGUUCCACCAGGAGAGUGCUACAUCCAGUUUCUCUCCAACCCUGCAGUCACUUUCGGCACAGCCAUCGCUGCCUUCUACCUGCCUGUGGUCAUCAUGAUGGUGCUCUAUAUCCACAUCUCUCUGGCCAGCCGCAGCCGUGUGUCCAAGCAGAAGCCUGAGGCUGAGAAAAAGAAGAAAGGCCUCAAGAUACCUAACCCACUCAAGAGCCACAUCCUUAACAGACAGAAUAACAACAACCAGUCCCCCAAGCCCAGUCUGGAGUCCUGCAACACUGGUGAAGCUGUGAAGAAUGGCAACAUUGAUGAGUCUGUUGUUUCCACCAAGGCUAACGCUAGUGUCAAUCCAGAAGAGAAAGAAAGUUCCAAUGACUCAAGCACAGCCAGCAUUGCCCCCAAAAACGCUAAGGAGAGGGCCAACAGUGAAGCCAUUUCCGAAGGGGGCCUUGGCGUUGCUCCUGCACCUGCUCCUGCUCCUGCACCUGAACCUGCACCUGCAGCGGCAACCGUCAAACUCAACCCUGCCUCCAAAUGGUCCAAGAUUAAGAUUGUAACCAAGCAGGCUGGUGACGAGUGCAUCACUGCCAUCGAGAUUCAGCCACCCAUCCAGGGGGGUGAGAGCCGCUCUAUCCCAGUCAACCGUCCCCGGAAGGUGGCGCGCAAGUUUGCCAGUAUUGCCCGCAGCCAGGUGAAGAGAAAGCGCCAAAUGGCAGCCAGGGAGAAGAAGGUGACCAAAACCAUCUUCGCCAUCCUACUUGCCUUCAUCCUCACAUGGACCCCGUACAAUGUCAUGGUGCUCAUCAGCACCUUCUGCCACUCCUGUGUCCCGGACACUGUGUGGGCCAUCGGCUACUGGCUGUGCUACGUCAACAGCACCAUCAACCCAGCCUGCUACGCCCUCUGCAACGCCACCUUCAAGAAGACCUUCAAGAACCUCCUCAUGUGCCAGUAUAAGAAUAUUGGAACAAGAUGAGCUGGAGCAUACAGUAAAUAGGGCUGGUGAGGGUUAAUAUUACUAAGACAUCUGGAGGCCUGAGUGGUUACAGUAGGAGGGGAGGAGGGAGCCUCCUCAGUCAUGUUUAUGAACUUAUGUCACACUCAAUGCUCCUCUGAGAUGUCUUAGCCACAGAAGAUAGUAACAUCAUAGCUAUUUCCAAAUGAUACAGUAUGAGUAUGAUUGCCAAUGUGAGGAUGGGGCAAAUGAAGAAUCUGAGAUCAGCCAAAGUUAUGGAGUCUAAACAUGUCUAAGUUGUCUUCAUUGCCUCUUGGACCCUUACUGUGAAGACCAAUAAGGACUAAUUCGUAUCCACUGAAAUGUGGUAACAAUCUUCAAAAAGCCCAGCUGAACGUCUGUAGACUAAGGCCAGGCCAAGACUUCAGUCAUCCCUCUCCAAGAUACCACCACCGAAAUCAGAGACAGUGAGGAGAGUGUUACAUAAUGUCUGGGUGUACGGCAAAAGACACAUUAAAAAGGAGCUUGGAAAUCUUCCUUUAUACAACAGUAUAAAAUGAAACAAGCAUGAAAUGUCUAAUUAAACAAUCUAUUUCCUCCUCUCCCACCUCCUUAUUAUUGAGAGUUAUUAACUCCUCACAGAAAUGGAGGCACUCCCUCACAUCAGUGAAUCAUUAUCAUAAUGUGAUAUGGAGAGCAAUGUGGUCAUAACAUGAUAUGGAGAGCAAAGAUGAUAUGGAUCUAACCUCAAGGCUAGUUGCACGUACGUCCAAGUACUGCAACAUACUGCUGGUGACUUGAAAGUACAGUAUGCAUUUCCAUUCACCUCCCACUGACCAAAAUAUUGAUGUAUCUGUUUUGCGCAAAGGUGAUCUUCAAAGCUGACAAACUGUUGAU